AUGAGAGUAACCAGCUGGACUAUAGCAGCCUCCUGGCUGGGCGGCCUUGCGGCUGCCUUGGCGAUUCCUGACACGCACGUCGUGCAUGAGCAGCGAACCAGCGAGAUGGAGAUUGGACUCCGGAAACGAAGCCGACCAGACGGAAAGCUUCAAUUGCCGAUGCGUAUCGGCUUGAAACAGAGCAACCUCGACCAGGCGCCACAAUGGCUCAUGGAUGUAUCGCACCCAAAGUCGGAGAAGUAUGGCAAGCACUGGACGUCGGAGGAUGUGAUUGAGGCAUUCAAGCCAUCGGACUCGACUGUCGAGGCCGUGAAGCAAUGGCUUGUGGAGAAUGGCAUCUCUGAAGGGAGGAUCAAGCAUACUGACAAUAAGCUGUGGCUUGCUUUCGAGGCCUCUCUUGAGGAGGCAGAGAACCUGCUGCAUGCCGAGUACAUGAUCCACGAGAACAAGAAGGGACGUCUGGUUACCGACACUGAGAGCUAUGCCAUACCCAAGCACCUGACCAAGCAUAUCGAUUAUGUCACGCCUGGUGUGAAGGGUGUCGACAUCACAAGUCGUCUGCGAAGAUCCGAGGAUAUCAUUGCUCGUGACUUCGAGCACGCAAUCAGGAGGUCGAGGAACCGUCUUCGCCCUUUCGCAGCGCUUGAUGAGUCGACCGUUUCUCUGAUGGACACGGAUGCUGCAGCUACAUGCGCCACAGCUAUAUCGCCAGCCUGUCUCCGAGCGCUGUAUGAAUUCGAUGCACUGAAUUCCACCUCCCCGGUGUCAUCCAACAAUUCCAUGGGUAUCUUCGAGGAGGGAGAUUACUACGCUCAAGCUGAUUUGAACUCUUUCUACACCAAGUACGCAUCUUACAUUCCAGCUGGAUGGGGACCGGCCCUGGACGGAAUUGAUGGUGGUACUGCCCCUGUUGCUGUCUCCAAGGCUGGUGGCGAGAGCAACUUGGACUUUGAGCUGGCUAUUCCCAUCAUCUACCCGCAGACCACCAUCGACUACCAGACCGAUGAUGCCUUCUAUGCUGCAGGAGGAGGCAAUGCUACGGGUAUCUUCAAUACCUUUUUUGAUGCUCUGGACGGCUCCUACUGCACAUACUGCUCUGAUGGAGAGUGCGGUAAUGACCCGGAUCUGGACCCGACCUAUCCUGACAGCCAUGCAAAUGGAUACAAGGGCGAAUUGCAAUGCGGCGUCUAUACGCCGACCAACGUAAUCUCAAUCUCGUAUGGUGAGCAGGAGUCAGAUCUUCCGGCCUACUACCAGCAGCGUCAGUGUAAUGAAUUCCUUAAGCUCGGUCUCCAAGGUGUCAGUAUCUUUGUCGCAAGUGGCGAUACGGGCGUUGCUGGCUACGCGGGCUCGACCGGAGCUGCGGCCAAUGGCUGUCUCAAGAGUGGCAAGGUAUUCUCGCCGACCCAGCCCAACAGUUGCCCAUGGCUCACCAAUGUCGGCUCUACCUAUAUUCCCACGGGCAACACCGUCAACGAUCCCGAAGUUGCCACUAAGAGCUUCGGCUCGGGAGGUGGGUUCUCCAACAUCUUCCCGGUGCCCGACUACCAGGCUGCCGCCGUGCAGACCUACUACGACACGGCCAACCCGACUUAUGCGUACUACACCAACGGUAGCUACGAGACUAGUAGUGGUGUCUACAACCGCGACGGCCGCGGUAUCCCUGACGUGGCUGCCAAUGGCGACAACAUUGCAGUCUACGUGCAAGGUCGUCUGGGAACUGAGGGUGGUACGAGCGCUUCUUCGCCCAUCUUUGGUGCCCUCAUCACUCGUAUCAACGAGGAGAGACUUGCCGCAGGCAAGUCGCCCGUUGGAUUCGUCAACCCAACCCUAUAUGAGAACCCCGACGUGUUGAAUGAUAUUGUCACUGGCAACAACCCCGGAUGUGGUACCAAGGGCUUUAGCUGUGCCAAGGGAUGGGACCCCGUCACUGGCCUCGGCACGCCAAAUUACCCCAAGAUGUUGGAGCUUUUUAUGAGCCUGCCGUAA